GAGCGCUCGAUCCCGUCAGUCUCCUUCAGUACGGAACCGUCAGCAGUAUUCGUUUCGGUUUACAUGAUUUGAUUCAACUCAAAAGUUUAGAAAAAAUAAAUUGGUGUCAAUGUUAAUUGUUAAAUCAGACUCAACGCUCAAGUUUCUGCCAUCCGUCAGGCUUAUCAACAACUUGAACAACCGCAAAGGUAGCCGUACGGGAAAUUCCGGCAACCAUCUCGAGUUCCAGGUGCUCACCCAGAUUCAAUACGUACCCUGAGAGCGGUAACUUUACAAAACCGAGCACACUAGAAUGCAGGAUCGUUCGAGCACAAUGGCCAGACAGAACCAACAGUCGGCUUACGCCAAAGCCCCGGGUGGUGGAAACACUAACACUAAGAAGAGCACCGGCUACACCAAUUCUACCUCGCAGACGAAACCCGCCAACGACAAAAAUGCCGGUAAUGGUAGCUGGGGACCACACUUCAAAAAUCGGGAUCAUUUCGUCAGCAUGCAUUUCUCGUGAAUGGUGGGCGUGGGGAUUAAGAGUCACAUUGGACUCGUGCCCCGGAACGGUAUGACCCUCCCGAGAUCUUAGUGUUUAGUGUUGGCUUUUUUUUGCUGUUUUUGCGAAAGUAUGGAGAUAAUUUGGUUAAUAAAACCGCUUUAAAUUAUUCGUAGCUUGAAUAAGACUGUGCAUAA